AUGGGUGUGUGUGUCGUCCUGGGUUGGUUGGUACUGGUCCUGACUGGCCACCAGCGGACUGAGGGAAACAGUCUGCAGCUUUCAGGGGACUACUCCAUCUCGUGUCUCUUUCCGCUCCACAAUUUAGCCACCUCCAGCUCCAACCUACCAGUCCUGGGAGCCUGCAAUAAGUAAGUCCAAUAGCAAAGAUCUCACAAGAGGACAUUGUUAAUCUAUUUCACUGGUAUUUUCGUUAAUUUUAGAGCAUCAGUGAGUUAUUGUGACUUGACUCAAUCACUUUCUUUAGAUAAUGGAUGUAUGUUUUAAUGUCUUUUUAUUCUGCUUGCCAUCAAUUCACUCCUAUUCAGAGGCAAAUCUAAUAAACAUGGCUAUCAUUUGAUACAAGCCAUGAGAUUCGCUGUGGAGGAGAUCAACAACGGCACCAAAAACCAACAUCUUCUCCCAGGGGUGACGCUGGGUUACCAGGCGUAUGACAUCUGCAAUACACCAGCCAGUGUCCUGGCCACUCUGGACCUGCUGGCCCAACAGUACCAGGGAACUUCAGGGAACAAGACAGGUGGUGACCAGAGGGCAGUGGCAGUGAUUGGGCCUGAUAGUAGCAGUUACACCUUCACCCCUGCUGCAAUGCUGGGCUCCUAUCUAGUGCCACAGGUGCAUUGUAUUUCCCAAGUUCAGUUAUUGGUAACUGGUAAAACUAAUGCUAGUCUGUAUGCCCUCUAGACUAAGAAUGGAAUACAUUUGUUACGAUUUGUUUUCGUCUUCUGUUGCUCCUCUAUUUAUAUUUGUAUAUAUGUCUUCUCCUUGCCUCCUAUGAUUUCAUAUUUCUUUCUAUUUAUGUAUCCUUUAUGUUUUCUUCUUCCUACCCCUCCUGGUCCUCCUCCUCCUCCUAUUUGUGUAUUUUUUUUUCUAGAUCUCCUAUGAAGCCUCAAACGAAUUGCUGAGCAACAAGCACCUCUACCCAUCCUUCUUCCGCACCAUACCCAGUGACAAGAACCAGGUGGACGCCAUGAUCCAGCUGCUGGUGCGUUUUAACUGGACCUGGAUAGUUCUACUGGGCAGUGACAACUCCUACGGCCUCCAGGGCAUGCAGAGGCUCUCCCAACAGGCGCCAUACUACGACAUCUGCAUCGCCUACCAAGGAGUCCUCCCCGAACUCACCUCGGCCACCAACCAGUCCAUGAGGAACAUAGUCAAGAACAUCUUGAAGACCAAGGUCAACACUAUUGUUGUGUUCUCCAGCAAGAGCAAAGUUAGUGGGUUCUUCCCGUUUGUCAUAGAGCAGGGUGUAACUGGUAAGGUGUGGAUAGGGACAGAGGACUGGUCAGUGGCCACUCUAGUGUCGGGGAUACCAGGGAUUCAUACCAUCGGGACUGUACUAGGCAUCUCCAUCAAAUACGCAGCCAUAGCAGGGUUUGAGGAGUUCGAAAGCCAUGUUGUUUCAAAGUUACUUAGGGACAACUCCAAUGGCAUGAUUGACCUGAGGGUUGAAUGUUUGCAAAAUACGGAUCUCUAUAGCAUGGCAGUAAAAAACGUAUCUUUGGAUGGCUAUGACAUGACAUCCUCUUAUAAUGUUUACAAGGCUGUAUAUGCUGUGGCCCAUGCACUGCACCAAGCACUUGGUUGUGACUCGGGUGAAUGCCAAAAGAUUGAAGUACAACCUUGGCAGGUGAGUGUUUUCAAAAUGAUGGUACUGUAGUCAAAAAGCCCACUCUAAAGAAAGCGAGCACAAGUUCACUACACACUUGAUUUCUAUGUACUAUUGGAAAUCUACAGUGAACAAUGUUCACUAUCACAGGUAUGUUACAGUCAUGUUUAAAUUGGUGCAUGUUUUUCUUCCUCUGUCUCUCCCUCAGCUUCUGCCACUGUUAAAGCAGGUGAGUUUCUCUGUUGGGAACUCCUCUGUGUACUUUGAUGAGAACGGAGACCCGCCCACAGGAUAUGACAUCGUGACCUGGGUUUGGAGGGGAACAGAGUGGUCUCUCCGAGUGGUGGGCUCUUACACUCCAGACCCCACAGACCUCACAGUGGACCCUGCUCAAAUUGAAUGGGCUAGUGACAUUGACAUCCUGCGAAAAGUAUAGGCACAGUAUUACAGUAUUUACACAGUAGUAUUACAAUCCAUUGUCAGAUGAAAUUGCAGAAUAAUUUUGGGCACUAGAAUUGUAGAAAGUGGUCAUAGAGAGUGGAAACCAUGGUUGCAGGUGGACUUGGAGAACAUGUGCGUGUGUGUUUUUUUUUAUUGUGGUUGUGUCCAGGAGGUGCCUCCAUCAAUAUGCUCUCCAGAAUGCCCUACAGGUCACAGGAAGCUGCAGACAGGACAACACAAGUGCUGCUUCGACUGCCUGGCCUGUCCUGCUCACACCUUCCUCAACAAGACUGGUGAGAUUACAGUCACACACCCACUGUGCACACAUCCAUAGUUCAUCCUCUUAUCUGUAGUGUUUUUGAAUUGUGCUGUUUAAAAGUGUCCAGCAGGUGGCGUAUGUUGCCCCUCUCAUGAACUGUCACUAUAGCAGGCGUGUCAAACAUAUGGCCUGGGGUCCAAUCCGGCCCAUGGGUGGUUUGAGUAAUUUCUACAUCGAAACUGUGUAGAAACGACUAUGGACCUACAUUCAUACAGUUUAUUGACUGUCCAGCUCACUAAUAAUCACUAGACAGUCAGAGAGCAUCAAAAAUGCCAAAACAUUAUGGAUAGAGGACUAUUUUUAGCUAAUUUUGAUGGCAAGGAAAUAUAACCCAUUUUCAGUGUGGCCCUCCAGAUCUCGUUGAAGACCGAAUGCGGACCCCCGGGGCAAAAUUUGUUAGACACCCCUGAUCUAUAGCAAGCAGGGGGUAGUAACACAACUAGAAUAACAAUGACAGUGCAAGUGUCUCUGAUGGUGUGAAUAUUAGUGAUAUCUGUUUAUAAAUCAAUACUGAGGAUAUAUGUAAACUCAAUUAAUGAAUGUAAACACCUUCAUCUUCUGAACUGGUUGAACUAAAAUAAAUCCUAUAAAUGUUGAACUAAUCCCAGCCUUGAUGUUAUGAUAUAUAUGUCACUCUAUAGGAUUUACCUGGUGCCAGGCGUGUGAGCUCCACCAGUGGUCCACAGCGGUGAGCGAGGUGUGUCUUGAUCGGAUGGUCCUGCUGCUGGCGUGGGACGCCCCCCUGUCUCUUGCCCUGCUGCUCCUCCUGGCUCUGACCCUCUUCAUGACCCUUGGGUCAGGGGUCGUCUUCCUUCUCAACCUUGGCACCCCUGUGGCCAAGUCAGCUGGCGGGCGCACUUGCCUGGUGAUGCUUCUGGCCCUAACUGCGGCGGCCGCCAGCGCCCUGUGCCACUUUGGCCUCCCAUCUCGGCCCGCCUGCCUCCUCAAACAGCCUCUGUUUGUCUUCAGCUUCACUGUGUGUCUGGCGUGCGUCACCGUGCGCUCCUUCCAGGUGGUCUGCAUCUUUAAGCUGUCUUCCAAGCUGCCCCGUGCCUAUGAUACCUGGGCUAAGAACCACGGGCCGGAAGUCACCGUCCUUGUCGUGUCCAUGACAGUGUUGUUGAUCUCUGUGCUCCGUGUUGCUCUAAACCCCCCGUACCCCUCCCAGGAUGUGGCCUUCUACUCCGACAGCAUUGUCAUAGAGUGUAGUAACACCCUCUCUUUCGGUGCCAUGAUAGAACUAGCCUACGUCUCUAUGCUCAGCAUGCUCUGUUUCUCCUUCAGUUACAUGGGCAAAGACCUGCCAGCCAACUACAACGAGGCCAAAUGUAUCACCUUUAGUCUCAUGGUCUACAUGAUCUCCUGGAUCAGCUUCUUCACCAUCUAUUUUGUCACCAGGGCGGAGUUUGCCAUGGCCAUGCAUGUGCUGGCUAUUGUGUCCAGUGUGCUCGGUAUACUCGGUGGUUACUUCAUGCCUAAGGUCUACAUCAUGGUGCUGAGGCCCCAAAUGAACACAACAGCCCAUUUCCAAAACUGUAUUCAGAUGUAUACCAUGAACAAACAGUGA